CCGGGAUCCCGCCCUGUGUCCGAUGAGGGGAGUCUUAGGUUCCGGUCGGGGUUGACCAAUGGAUCGCAAAUGGUUAUGAGCCUUCGUGUUUCUGAGCUGCAAGUACUUCUAGGAUACGCAGGACGCAACAAGCACGGGCGCAAACACGAACUCUUGACCAAAGCUCUGCACUUGUUAAAGGCCGGCUGCAGUCCAGCUGUACAGAUGAAAAUCAAGGAGCUGUACCGGCGGAGAUUUCCACUCAAAAUUCUCACCCCUGCAGACUUUUCUUUAUCCGGCGUGCACUCCAGCACCAUGCCAGCCAAUAUGUCUCCAUCCUCCAUUCCUCAGCUUUCAUACGACGGUCACCCUGCUUCUUCACCACUACUUCCAGUCUCCCUUCUUGGGCCCAAACAUGAACUGGAUCUCCCACACCUCACCUCCAGCCUCCACCCUGUCCAUCCGGACAUCAAACUGCAGAAACUGCCCUUUUAUGACCUGCUGGACGAACUCAUAAAACCCACAAGUUUAGCCUCCGAUAACAGCCAGCGAUUUCAAGAAACAUGCUUUGCAUUUGCAUUAACGCCACAACAAGUCCAGCAAAUCAGCAGCUCCAUGGACAUCUCUGGAACAAAAUGUGACUUCACAGUUCAAGUGCAGCUUAGAUUCUGUCUUUCAGAAACUAGCUGCCCUCAAGAAGACCAUUUCCCACCAAACCUGUGUGUAAAAAUCAAUGGAAAACCCUGUAAUCUGCCAGGUUAUCUUCCGCCAACCAAAAAUGGGGUUGAACCAAAGCGACCAAGCCGACCAAUCAACAUUACCUCACUUGUACGUCUCUCUACAACCGUUCCUAACACCAUUGUAGUGUCAUGGACAGCUGAAAUUGGACGUAAUUUUUCACUGGCUGUAUACCUGGUUAAGCAGUUGUCGUCAUCUAUUUUAUUUCAACGACUCAGAGCGAAAGGAAUCCGCAAUCCAGACCAUUCCAGAGCACUCAUCAAAGAAAAGCUCACAGCAGAUCCCGACAGUGAAAUUGCAACCACAAGUUUACGGGUUUCACUGCUGUGUCCGCUGGGAAAGAUGCGCCUGGCCAUCCCUUGCCGAUCGCUUACCUGCUCCCACCUCCAAUGUUUUGAUGCCACGUUGUAUAUACAGAUGAAUGAGAAGAAGCCUACAUGGGUGUGUCCUGUGUGUGACAAGAAGGCACCGUAUGAGCAUCUAAUCAUUGAUGGCCUGUUCAUGGAGAUCCUAAAGUGCUGCACAGACUGUGAUGAGAUCCAGUUCAAAGAAGAUGGUUCCUGGUCGCCCAUGCGGUCAAAGAAAGAAGUGCAGGAAGUCACCACCUCCCUUAAUGGAGUAGAUAGCGGGUGUAUCAGCAGUACAGUAGAGCACCAGGUGUCCCCUAGCCAGCCUUCCAAUAAAAGCAAGAAGGUUGAGGUUAUUGACCUGACGAUAGACAGCUCUUCAGACGAAGAGGAGGAAGAACCAUGCGCUAAGAGGAGCUGCCCUUCUAUUACGCCCGCUUCACCAUUAAAUAACAAAGGUAUGAUGAGUCUGCCACACCAGACAUCUCCUAUAUCUCGAACACCUAGUCUGCCAGCUGUGGACUCCACGUAUAUUAAUACCCCCCUACUUCAGGACUACAGGCACCCCUUCCAUAUGACACCAAUGCCAUACGACCUGCAAGGAUUGGAUUUCUUCCCAUUCUUGUCUGGAGAAAAUCAACAUUACAACACCUCCCUUUUGGCUGCCGCAGCAGCUGCUGCCUCUGAAGAACCGGACCUGCUUCAUUCGUCACGGUUUUUCCCAUAUGCGACCUCCCAGCUCUUCCUGGACCAGCUCAGUGCAGGGGUGAGCGCCUCUCUCCCAGCAACCAAUGGCAGCAACAGUGGCAGUAACAGCAGUUUGGUGUCCUCGAACAGCCUGCGGGAGAGCCACAGUGCGGCAAGCAGAGGACCAGCAGACAGCUCUUCUCUCUACGGCAUAAUCCCAGAUGUUAUCUCUUUGGACUGAUUAUUUUACAGAUGAGCACACUCGGAGGGGAUUCAAACCCCCAUCGUUUGUCGCCCAAUUCCUUUAUUUUUUCUUUUUUUUUUAAAAGGAAAUGUUUAACAAAACAAAAAGAACAUGUACAGAGAACAGAACUAUAUUUUCAGUUUUACUUUUGUAUAUAAACCGAAAACUUUACUCAUCCCCCUACCCUACCAGAAACUGAAUUAUGGACCCACCAUUUCCCCCACCCCAAAUAUCUUUUGCUUUUCCAACUGGAUCCUAGAGACCGACGCUUGUCCUGGAGCCCUCCUCUGACACAGUUGGUUCCUCCUUGUAUUCUCCCGCUCCUGAACCAUAUAGAUCAGACACAGUAUUGGUUUGGUUGUCCCUGUGCGAGUCGGAUGCCUGCAUCAAUCAUUCUGGAACAAUCUCCUCUUCUGAAUCAAAGCUGCAGUGAUCACUUGUUUAGUUUCUUUUCUGCACAUGUAUCUUGUAUUUAUUGGAUCUUGUCGAAGUCUUUAGCAGUACAAAUGAGAAUCCUAACAAGGCCUUUCUUCUAGGCGGUAUUACAAGGCCUUGGAUUUGGGUGAAAGUCAUCUUAAUGGUGUUUGCUGCCAAAAGAACUCUGCAAAACAAAGCGCUUCUGUUCCCAUCAGCGCUGGGAGACGACCGAAGGCUCUAAGUUACAAUUCUCUAAAUUAAGCUAUCCAUCUGAAGAAAGAGGGGGGGG